AUGAGGCUUCUUCUCAUUCUGCUCAUUCUUCUCAACGUCGCCUUCAUUUCAACGGAUGUCCUCCGAAACAUGCAAGUCCGUCGUGUGUGCGACAAAUGGGAGGAAAACGACAACUCGACGGCCUCCUGCACGUGUGUUCACUAUGCCAUCGAUCGAAUCUCGCGAAAGACGGUUUCGUCGCCAACUCGCAAAAGUGCUCAAGACAAUGGCUAA